AUGCUUAAAAAUUUUUUAGAAAUUAAAGAUGUAAACAAUAAUAUUUCAAAUUGGCAAACUAAAGUUUUCAAUAUACUUUCUCUUAGUACACAGAUAUUAAAUUCUUCUUCAGAACCUAUGCUAUUUAUACUUCAAACUUGUCAUGACCUACUUUCAACAGAAUCAAUUAUUAUUGAUGAAAUUAAACACAUCAUUAAGCGUAUUUUUAACUCUGAUAAUGAUAAUAAAGACAUUGAUAGAAAAGGUCGGGACGAUUUCCUUGAGAAAGCCAUGGAAAUUUUAUAUAAUUUGGAUUACGAUGAAAAAACCUUAAUAGCAUGGCAUUCAAUUUUUAAAAAAUGUCUCGAGAUUUUGCCAAUAGAGUCGCCUGUUCGAAUAAAUUUGUAUAAAAAGCUAUUUUCAGAUGUACCUUUUCCAUUGAUGGGCACAAUUAUUAAACAAAUAUUUCAAAGCGAAGAAAAUAUUAAAAAUAAUAUUUUUUUUGAAUUAGUUAAUGAUCCAAGAAAUAUUUCUCCAAGAUUAGAUGUUAUUGACAAAUGCUUGAAAUUCCAACAGCCACACUCAAGAAUGUCUGCUUUAUGCUCUGAUAUAAUUCAAAAAACAUUUUUUUCACAGUAUGAUUUACAUGUUUUAUCAAUUAAUUUUCGUCAAGCAAUUGCGGUCUUGCAUAGUAAUGUUCGUAAAGAUAUUCAGCUAAUAUGUGCUAUAUCUUUACUUAAAGAAUUUGUGCAUAGGUUUUGGGACACUACUCUACAAGAAGAUCCUAUGAAACCAAUUUAUUUCGACUUAAUGGAAACAAAUAAUUUUAACCCAACAACUUUGAUAGAAGACAUCAAUGAAUCCAUGGGAUUGUUACAUCCAUUGAUUCAUUCGUUGAAGGUUUAUUUCUUACGGAACCUUCGUUUUCGAGAGUUUUCUAUGAGUGACAUAAAAAAAUUUUGUGAGAUGCAAUACACUUUACCAUGGCUUGGUAGUAUAACAUGGGAUAAUCAGCAGCAAACCGGAUUAUCAUUUAAUCCAUUUUGGCCUAUUAAUGAUUAUGUAAAAUUAGAGAGAUAUUAUUCAACACUGUAUAGCUUUAAUAUGAAAUCACCUAUUAAAGAAUUCUUUGAUAAUUUAAAACAUCAUAAAAAUGUUUCAUCUCGUAUAGCUUUGAUAGGGAUUAUUUUUGUUCACUUACAUUCGAUCAAAGCUGUAAGAGAAAGAACAGAUUCUGAAGAUCAAAUAGUUGAAUAUUUCCUCGAAAGAAUAGGUGAAAUGAGUGAUAAUAACAAUUUAAAUCUUUAUAAAACAACUGUUCGUAAAUUGUUGAAUGAUGAGUUUUCUUUUCUUCGAAUCUCAAAUCAAACAAAUAACAAAGAAUUAUUGAUUAAAUCAAUGAUUUUACAUACAAUAGCCAUACAUUCAUCAACCUCACAAUCUUUUUCGCCUCUUUCAUACUAUUUACAAAGAUUAGAGAAUUGCAAAAAUGAUUUUAUCAUGACUUGUCCAUCAGAUAUCCAAUCAGUCAUUAUUAAUGCGGUGGUUAAUACAGGCCAAGCCACUAGAGCUUACGAAGAAAGUAAUUGUCCCCAGUGUAAUAAUAAAAUUGGUGGUUUAGAUCAUGUAUCUGCUCCUGGCAACAUAAAAAUAGAUUCAAAUCCUAUAACAAGAAGUUUAGAAAUCAAUAAUGAAACUGGAUAUAUAAUGGAACCACCAAAUAAUGAUACGGAUCACAAUGUCAGAUUUUUACCACCAAAUUCAUACUUUAUGGAUCAUAUUUUUAACGAUUGGGAUAUUCUUAAAAAACGUCUUGAUUGCUCUAAUAAAGAUUUAGCACUAUUUUUACACUCGAUACUUCAUAAAAUGACCACUGAUCCAUUAAAGUCAACAAAAAUUAGAAAUGCGAGUGAAAGAGAACAAUUGGAAAAAGAAUUUCACCUAAAAUAUUUUGAGCCACAAUUUACAAAUUUUUAUGAUACUAUAAAUAAUUUUCGUACUAAAUUAAAUCAAAUUGAAGCUGAUUCUAAAGGAAUAACAUCAAAUUUGGUUGAAAGUGAAAUAGAUGAAACUGUAAAAACAGAUGAGACGGAUGAGCACUAUGAAAAAUAUUCUAAAGAUUAUUUACCAAAAUUAUGGAGGGUAACUGGUGAUACUAGUUAUGAUAAUUUAAAGGCUUUUUUUAAUAACAGUAAUUCAAUGAAUCAAUCACAAUAUUUAUUUUUAUCAAUUUAUUUUAAUCAUGAUGAUAAGUUAAAAUAUAUUAAACAUCUUGAACCAAUUUUAAAAUUUGUCAAGAUAUUAGCAGAUCGUCUUGAAUAUCGUUUGUUAAGAGAGGAAGCUCAAAAAAUGACAUUCAAAGAAUUUAUUGAUAAAGAAACUAAUCAUCAAAAAUCUGGAGAAAACUAUGAAUAUUUAAUGACAAGUUUUAAAGAAUUUUCAAAAGCAUGGAAUUUUAUUAUCGACAAAGUAAAUCAAUUUCAAUGCCAUGAACUUCCAAGCUCAAGACCAAAAAUAGAUCUUAGUUGUCCAAUAAUAUUUGGAUUGGUCGAAUCUGAAGAUACAGGAAUAUAUAUUUGUGCUAUCAUUGAUUAUUUGAUUGGAUUACAAAACAAUUUUCUAAAAGAAGUAAAUGGAAUUCCUAUUAAAAACUGUUCAUCUCUAAAAAUUUUAAAGUUAGGUCCAUUAAAACACAUGGAAUCGAUGAAACUUGAAAAUAUGAAAAGCAACAAUUAUAUUAAUUUUGAUUGGGAUGAUGAAUUACUUCAAUAUAGUCAAAUAAAUUUGAAAGAAGGUCAUGGAAAGGAUAUUAUAUAUGACCUUUUAAAGAUCGAAGGUGAACUUGUUAAUAAAUUAGUAAAGGAUAAAGUUAUAAUAGAAACUUUAAAAGAUUCACAAUUAUACAUGGAACAAUUUCAUUAUCAUAUGGAAUUGUUUCAAAAAUCUAUGAGAAUUCUUGAAGAUGUUAAAAAUCUGAUAAAACAAAGUCCGAUUCCUAAUUCGAAAUUUCAACGAUAUGAUAUUAAUUCAUUAACAUUUGAUAGUGCGUCUGAGAUUCUUUCAUCCUUAGAAAUAUUAUUGUGUUUUAUUAAAAGAACUGCGACCAAAGAUGGUAAUAUGUUAAUUAAGGAAUUUGUCGAAAAUUGGAUGAAACUUUCAAGUUUAUUAGAAAACAAAACUUUUUCAAAAUUAUUGAAAAGUGAAUUGCGUUUAAGACAUGUAAUAGCACUGUAUGAGUUGAUUGAAGAACAAGUAUCAAUUAAAAUGGUUCAAUAUAUUGAUAAUAAAUAUAAAGUUCCUAUUGAUGAAGAGACUAAAGAAAUCAUUAUUAAAUUUGUUAAAUUUGAUCAGUUCAGCAUCCAAGAAAAAAAAUUACCAGCAGAAGAUUUCAUUAUAGCAUUAAGGAGAUUUAUGUAUAGAACCCUAUUAGGUGAAUUAAAUAAUGAAAAUGAAAAUUUAGUGUAUUAUUUCACAGAAAUAUCAUUAAAUUUAUGGCCAAAUCAUAUUAAAGAAGAAUUGAUUUCAGAAUUAUUUCCUGAUGAAUUUUUGAUGUGUAAUAUUUAUUGUAUAUAUGAAUAUAUUGUAAAUGAAUUCGAGAUGUAUAAUAAGAAACAGCAAUACAAGGUAUCAUUGUCUUCACAAAAUCACCAUAGCCGCAGUAAUCAUAUGUCUUCAUAUAAACGAGAAUUAGUGGAUUGUGAAGAAGAUAAAAGUUAUGGAGAACCUGGGCCAUCAUCACAACCAACAAGACCAUAUAAUCAUAAUAAUUAUAAUAGUAAUAAUAAUCACAAUAAUAAUCCUAAUUAUGAUAAUAAUAUUAACAACAAUAAUAGGAAAAACAACAACAAUAAAAAUAGAAGGAAUAGAAAGAAAAAUGAUUUUGAUAAAAUGUAA